GCACGCGCAAUACGUUGUAACACCAGCCUUUCAUCUUAAACAUACGUGGCUUUCAGUUCAGCUAUAACCUUACGUUGCUCUCUAUUCGGUACAGUCAGCGUACAACCAUUGAGAAAAGUGUUCCAAGCCAAGGAAAUAACCGUCCAGCACCUCAUCACCAUGGACCAAAUAAUGCAGUUUGUGGAGCCCAGUCGUCAGUUUGUGAAAGACUCAAUAAGGCUGGUGAAGAGAUGCACCAAGCCUGACCGAAAAGAAUUUCAGAAAAUUGCCAUGGCGACAGCGAUAGGUUUCGCAAUCAUGGGGUUCAUUGGCUUCUUUGUCAAGCUGAUCCACAUCCCCAUCAACAACAUCAUUGUUGGCGGCUGAGCAACUUUUCCCUUGACUGACUGAUCUGUGUGGCUGACUUGCUGGCUGUCCGGAUGCAAAUGGACCCUGGAACAAAGUGCUGAAUAGUGUUUUUGAUGUUUUAUUUCUUCAUAUUUGUGUGUAUGAAUUCACUAUCACCAACAAUGCAUAUAUGCUGAUUUUGUACAUAAAGUUGAUUUCCAUACUC